AUGGCAGUGUCAGGACGCAAGUUGUCAGAUUUUCAAGGCUCAAUAUCACUAGGAUCAGAAGAGGACUUUAACCACAGUUGUCAGCCUUGUCUUACCAUUGGUCAGCAUGUAGGAGCUCAUGGAUUUUGUGUCGAAUGCCAGGAAUAUCUAUGCAAAACUUGCUUUGAGUAUCACAAGAGGACAAAAGCCUUACGAAAUCACCAACUUCUUGAUAAAGACAACGUUGGUAAACAUGCCAUUACCAGUAAAGAUUUUGAGAAAUGCACAGAAAAAUGUUCAGUGCAUAAAAAGGAAAUAAUUAAAUUUUUCUGUCUAACACACAAGGCGCUUGGCUGCAAUGAUUGCAUGAUCUUGAAUCAUCGGGCAUGCAAGAUUGACUAUAUACCUGACAAAUGUGCAGAUAUAGGGGACAGUAAGGAAUACAGGGAUAUCAUGGAGAAACUGAACGAGAAAAUAAAAGAUGCAGAGGAUAUCAUGAAGAAAGCUGAAGUAAGAGAUAAAGAGAUAGAUAAAUGUCAUGCCGGUAUUAUCAAGGAAAUCCUUAACUUCAGGAAGGAGAUAAAUGAACGCCUAGAUCAACUGCAACAAAUAAUUCAGAAAGAUGCUGACAAAAAGAAAUCCAGUGAUAAAAUAAUAAUUCAGAUGGUACUUGAGGAAUGUGCAAAUAUCUCUUCUGAUAUCAAGAAAUUACAGUCAAGUUUACAAGCAAAGUCGUCACGACAGAACGGGCACCUUUACAUCAACAUUAAACGUGCUGAGUCUAAACUGAAGUCAGAUGAAGUGGAGAAGGCAGAUGAAAAUCUGGCGAGAACGAACAUACAGUACUCAUUUGAACGGAAUACUGAUCUUGAAAAUAUGCUGUCCAAACAAAGUGUACUUGGGAAGUUAAACCUCAGUACUAGCUUCGUCACGUCGACAAAGGAGAAAAAAAUUAAAACCCUAACGCACAAAGAAGAUAUAACUGUAAGAACAAAGUCAGAUUCCUCUUCGUACAAUUGCUGCUAUAUCACAGGAUGCGUCAUCUUACCUUCUAACAAACUUGUACUUGUUGAUAGCAAUUAUUGCAAGCUGAAAGUUUUAGACAGACAGAGCAAAACCUUGAUAGAAGAGAAAAAACUUGACUCAAAACCAUGGGACAUUGCUGUAUUGCCCCAGAACCAAAUUGCAGUAACAGUACCAGGAAACAAAGAAAUUCUUAUAAUGAAAACAGCUGGUAAACUGUCACCUGUCCACAAGAUUUCAGUUAAAUGUAAUUGCUAUGAUAUAUUUUAUCAUCAAGAUCAUAUCUAUGUUGUUUGCCAGAAUCCUAAUAGUGUACUGGUACUGGAUAAACAAGGUAAUGUCCAGAACACAAUCUCCCUGAAUAAUGACAUAUUUAAACUCCCAGAAUAUAUUGUGGUAAGUGAGGAUUCCAGACAUAUCUAUAUCAGUGACCGUGGUAGCCGCUGUAUUGUCAGUAUAACAUUACAAGGUGAUGUAGCAGCUGUAUAUAAGGACGAGAAUCUUAGAAGACCACAGGGAAUGGUGAUGUUAGAUGAUGGAUCAUUGUUGGUGUGCUGCUACUUGGGUGGUACCAUUCAUCAUAUAUCAGGAGACUUGAAACAAGGUCAAAUAAUGAUUGAUGGUGUACCGGUACCAGUGUCUAUAUGCUACAGUCAUCAUCAUGAUGAAGUCUAUAUUGGCUGCUUAGGUGAUCAGUUGAAAGUGUUUGGUAUGAAAUGA